UCAUUUUUGCACUUGGCAAUGGAAGCUCGAGGGGAGUCAGGAGUUCAAGGUCAUCCUUCACGUCAAGCCCCAAACCCACAUGCUUUGCGGAAGCAUGCAUGAGGUCCUACCCUCAACCCCGAGCACAGAACGUAACAUAUGCAGAAAAAAAUUUGUUUGUUUGUUUGUUUUUCGAGACAGCCCUGGCUAUCCUGGAACUCCCUCGGUAGGCUAGGCCGGCCUCGAACUCACAGAGAUCCGCCUGCCUGUGGCUCCCGGGUGCUGGGAUGAAAGGCGUGAGCCACCAACACCUGGCCAAAGCUAUCGGAAGACUGUGUGAAAAAUGUGAUGGCAAAUGUGUGAUUUGUGAUUCCUAUGUGCGACCAUGCACCCUGGUUCGUAUAUGUGAUGAGUGUAACUAUGGGUCUUACCAGGGCCGGUGUGUGAUCUGUGGAGGUCCCGGAGUCUCCGAUGCCUACUAUUGUAAAGAGUGCACCAUUCAGGAGAAGGAUAGAGACGGUUGCCCAAAGAUUGUCAAUUUGGGGAGCUCUAAAACAGACCUGUUCUAUGAACGAAAAAAAUACGGCUUCAAGAAGAGGUGAUGGGUGGGCGGCUCCUUCCUCCCACAUCAAGCUGUUGCAGCUGCCAGAAAAGACACCUACUACCACCAGCAGAAAGAUCGGAGCCCAACGUGUCACCAGAACAGCCUACUAGAGCUAGUGUCCUGACCCCCUGACCCCUGCCUUUCCUCACCAUGCUGGUGGGGGUGGAAGAGGGGUCUUGACAGAGCGCUCUAGCAGACUGAAGAAAAAUUGCUAGGUUAGUUUGUAGUUUGUUUUGUUCUAGUUGGAGAAGCAAGGCUCUGCUCUCUACUUUGAUAGAUCCUCGCCACACCAAAAGCUUCAAAACAAGUCUUCUGUCUGCGACCUUGACAACGAAGCCACUGCAGGCAAAGCCUUUCAGCAGCUGUGAUGGCGGUGGUCUUCUGUGACCCUCAGUGUGGCCAGGAGCCAUCAGAACAGUAAUGUGAUGUAACACUUCCCGGGUGGCGCUGGCUUCAUGUUUUUUUCCUUCUUAGAAAUUGGAAGUUUCUGUUGUUCUAAUAAAGUUGGUGUGUAUUUUCUGGUA